AUGAGAUUCACAUUUAAAUCCCCCCUUGCAACUUUUCUAAAAUAUAAACCAGGUAAAUUUAAUUUUCAAUUAGAACAAGAAAUAAGAUCAAAAUUAGAUUCUUUACCAUCAGUUAAUAAAAUUUAUACAAAUCCAGAUGGUUCAACUAGAAUUCCAACAGAUUCAGAAUUUAAAACAAUAGCAGAUUUACAAAAUUUAUAUUAUAAAAGAAAUAAUUCAGAAUGGAAUUUUAUAUUACCUGGAAUUCCAAAAGAUCAAUUACAAUUAUUUAAAGAUAAUUCACAAGAUUUAACUAAUUUACAAUUUUCAACUAAAAAAGUAGGUAAAAUUAUUGAUAAAAUUCCAUACAAAGAUGAAACUACUGGUGAAUUAAAAUGGAAAAUUAUUAGAGAGACUGAACAAGCUGAAGGUUGGGAAAUUCCUUAUUAUUAUAUUGUAUUACCUAUUUUUAUAUAUGUCCUUUAUAUAAAAUAUACUCAACAGGCUAAAUUAAGAGAAAUUGAUGGUCCUGAAUGGGCUGAAAAAGAAUUAAGAUUAAGAGCAAUGGAAGAAUAUUUUCAUGGUGAUACUGGAAAGGCAAAAGAAUUUUUAUCAAAUCAAGGUAAAUCUAAAAAAGAAAUUGAAGAUAGAGAUGCCUUGGUUGUUGCUAGAAUUUUAGCUGGUGAUUAUGAUAAAUUAAAUGAAUUGAAAAAGAAACAAGGUAUUAAAUUGGUUCAAUAUAAUGAAGAUCCAGUAUUUAAAACAAAUUAA